AGGAAAUUGGUUGGUGAGUUGAGUUUGUGAGAACAUACUAAAGAUGAGCAACAAAAAGGCAAAAUGGAGUGAAGACAUCUGCACACUGCACAGUGACGGCAUCCCUGCUGACACGCUCAAUAAGGUGAAAACUUACCUGAACCAGUUCACUUUGUCUCUGGAGGUCCUACAGAAAGUUUCGGCUCGGCUGGAACGAGAACUGAAGCGAGGCUUGGGCAAACGCAACCACCACAAGGCAUCCGUCCAGAUGUUGCCCACUUUCGUCACAGCAACGCCAGAUGGAACAGAAAAAGGCGACUUCUUGGCUUUAGAUCUCGGCGGGACAAACUUCCGGGUGCUCCAUGUACGAGUGGUGGAGGAGGAGCAGAAGAUGCUAAAGAUGGACAGUCAGAUCUGCGCCAUCCCUAAGGAGAUGAUGCUGGGAAGCGGUAAACAGUUGUUUGACCACAUUGCCGCCUGUCUAGGUGAAUUUCUGGCCUCGAAGAAUCUGAAGGGGAGACAUCUCCCUCUCGGCUUCACCUUCUCCUUCCCCUGCGAUCAGAAGAAUAUCGACAAGUGCAUCUUGAUUCGUUGGACCAAAGGCUUCCAGUGCCCUGGAGUGGUUGGAGAAGAUGUGGUGGGGCUACUGAAAGAAGCCAUACACAGAAGAAAGGAUGAUGAGGAUAUCGGUUCCAUAGCUAUGGUAAACGACACUGUGGGCACCAUGAUGAGCUGCGGCUACAAGGACCAAAGCUGCGAGAUUGGCAUGAUCAUCGGGACGGGUACCAACGCGUGCUACAUGGAGGAGACUAAGAACGUGAAGCGCAUCGAGAGCUCGGAUGGACGCAUGUGCAUCAACACCGAGUGGGGAGGCUUCGGAGAUAACGGCUCGCUGAAAGACAUCCAGACGGAGUUUGACGUCAUCGUAGACAAGACGUCCAUCAACCCCGGCAUCCACACUUUUGAGAAGAUGAUCAGCGGCAUGUAUUUGGGGGAGAUUGUGCGUCUGCUGCUGGUGAAGAUGACUAAGGACCAUUUGCUGUUCAAGGGACAGACAUCGGAAGCGCUGUUGACACCGGGCGGCUUUGAGACAAAAUACAUCUCGGACAUUGAAGAGGAGGACGUCGGCCUGGAAAACGGAAGCAGAAUUCUGACCAAGUUGGGUCUGACAUGGGACCCGAUUGACGUCCGCGUGGUGCGUCUGGUCUGCGACACCAUCUCCUCGCGCUCGGCCUGCCUCUGUGCCGCAGCCCUGGCGACCCUCGCCAACCGUAUUCGGGUCAACCGUGGCCUCGACCACCUCAAAACAACUGUGGGGAUUGAUGGGACCGUGUACAGAAAACACCCCAAUUUCAGUAAAGAGCUCCAGGCCACAGUGAGCCUCCUGGCCCCCAAGUGUGACAUCACCUACCUUCUCUCGGAGGACGGUAGCGGGAAAGGCGCUGCCAUGGUAACGGCCGUGGCGCAGAGGCUAGCUCGCCAGUCCCGACUGUUAGAGGACAGUGACGGCGAGGACAGCGACGAGGAGGACGAAGACUGAUGAGGGCAGACACGCAAAACACCUUGCACCACAUUAAAUAGGUUCAUUUAUUUAAUAAUUUCAUUUAUUCUGUUUGAAAUUGGCUUGGAAUAAAGGAAAUUCCGAAUCAAAGGACUAAAUUUACUUAUUUUGGAGAUGAUAUAUUUUGAGGAAAACAUUUGAAUGUAUUCAGAAAAACUAUGAAUCAUUAAUAUAAUAUAACGAUUUGAAUAGGCUAUUUUUAUUUAUUCCAACCAAUAUUUUACUCAAUUCAAAGAAUAUUUGUCAAAGGGGGUAGAAAAAAACAUUCUCUUUUUAAACAGCUUUCUAAGGGAAAGUUUAGCUUUGUGGUGCAUGCUUUCGUCCCCUGCUGGCCUCAAAUGGUAACUGCAGCUUUAUGUGCAGUCUUAUCAAUUGGUGCUACACAACUAUCCAUCCAUUCAUUUUAUUCCGCUUAUCCGAGGUCGGUUUGCAGGGGCAGCAGCCUAAGUAGAGAAGCCCAGACUUCUCUCUCCCCAGCCAAUUCGUCCAGCUCCUCCCGGGGGAUCACGAGGCGUUCCCAGGCCAGCCGAGAGACAUAGUCUUCCCAACGUGUCCUGGGUCUUCCCCUACAGGUCGGACGUGCUCUAAACACCUCGCCAGGGAGGCAUCCGGGUGGCAUCCUGACCAGAUGCCCGAACCACCUUGUGUGGCUCCUCUCGGUGUGGAGGAGCAGUGGCUUUACUUUGAGCUCCUCCCGGAAGACAGAUCUUCUCCCCCUAUCUCUAAGGGAGAGCCCCGCCACCUAAUUGAGGAAACUCAUUUCAUACGCUUGUACCCGUUAUCUUGUCCUUUCGGUCAUAACCCAAAACUCAUGACCAUGGAUGAGGAUGGAAACGUAAAUCGACCGGUAAAUUGAGAUUUUUGCCUUCCGGCUCAGCUCCUUCUUCACCACAACGGAUCAAUACAGUUUCUGCAUUACUAAUGACGCUGCACCGAUCCGUCUGUCGAUCUCACGAUCCACUCUUCCCUCACUUGUAAACACGACUCCGAGGUACUUGAACUCCUCCACUUGGGGAAAGAUCUCUUUCCCAACCCAGAGAUGGCACUCCACCCUUUUCCAAGUGAGAACCUUGGACUCGAACUUAGAGGUGCUGAUUCUCCUCCCAGUCGCUUCACACUCGGCUGCGAACCAAUCCAGUGAGAGCUGAAGAUCCUGGCCAGAUAAAGCCAUCAGGACCACAUUAUCUGCAAAAAACAGAGACCUAAUUUUGCAGCCACCAAAAAGGAUCCCCUCAACGCCUUGACUGCGCUUAGAAAUUCUGUCCAUAAAAGUUACGAACAGAAUCUGUGACGAAGGGCAGCCCUGGCGGAGUACAACCCUCACUGGAAACGGGUCCGACUUACUGCUGGCAAUGCGCACCAAGCUCUGACACUGAUCAUACAGGGAACGGACCGCCACAAUCAGACAGUCCAAUACCCCAUACUCUUUGAGCACUCCCCACAGGACCACUCCCCACAGGACUUCGAGGCACACGGUCGAAUGCCUUCUCCAAGUCCACAAAGCACAUGUAAACUGGGCAAACUCCCAUGCACCCUCAAGGACCCUGCCGAGAGUAUAGAGCUGGUCCACAGUUCCACGAACAGUACGAAAACCACACUCCUCCUCCUGACUCCAAGGUUCGACUAUCCGACGUAGUCUUCCCCCCCCCCCCCCCCCCAGCGAGGUGACGUUCCACGUCCCAAGAGCUAGCUUAUGUAGCCGAGGAUCGGACCGCCAAGUGCCCUUCCUUCGGCUGUCGCCCAGCUCACACUGCACCUGACCCCUAUGGCUGCUCCCAUAAGUGGUGAGCCCAUUGGAGGGGGGAUGCACAUUGCCUCUUCGAGCUGUGCCUGAGCCCCAUGGGGACCGGCCCGGCCACCAGGUGCUCGCUAUCGUGACCUACCUCCGGGCCUGGCUCCAAAGAGGAGCCCCUGUGAGCCGUGUCCGGGCAAGGGAAAUCUGAGUCCUUGUUUUUUCAUUUCCAUAAAAAUAUUCGAGCUGCACAACUUUAUCAAAACAAUUCUAUUUGUGUAUUUUAUAGGGGAAUACAACUAGAUUACGUGCUAUUAAGCCAUUUGACCUAAUGUGUGUGUAAAACAUUUCAUUUCAGUCAGCGUUUGCGUCACAAAGGUUGUUGAUGCGAGCUUUUAUUCCCUUCAUUCCUAACAUUAGUGGAUUUCUGUAUGUUUUGGUACCAUGAGAGAGAAAUCCAUCUGUUGGUGUGAUAAUGAUGAUGAAUGAGUGAAUAUAACAUUUGCAGUGGAAUCAUUUUCAAAGUAAUUCUUCUCAUAGAAAAUAAAGGUAAAAAUGAUCCGUUCCAGGGUCAAACUAUUUUAUUUUUUUAAUCUAUGGGCAAUGUUCUCAUUUUUUGGCGGGGGGUUCCCAAGAUGGUGCUGCUGUAGUGGCUGCUGGUUGCAGGAGCUCUGUGCUCUUGUGUAUCCUCCUUUUGUUAUUCUUGAUGUGUCCCUCAUGUUUUCAUGUAUUUUUUUGCCUUUUGAUUAGAGUCCUUUCAGGACUGCUCAACAAGGAGUGGCACUCUUGUGAUUUUUGCAGUGCUUUUUGUGAUCUUUUGGAUCUGCCUCUCUCCGGACGACUUUGCACUCAUCCGCGCAGACUGGAAAUUGGCCGAGAGCUAGUGUGCAGCCUAGGACAGAGUCGGUUCUCUUGGUUGCUUUGUUGGGUCUGUAGACGAUGGUGUGGAGCACUGCAGAGGCCAUUGCUGUGGGGGUUGAAAUUGUGUUUUUGUUAUGCGUUGUUGGUUGUCUAUGCAUGGUGCAAUCGUAUAUGUGUAAUAUGUAUUACAUCUUGCUCAUUUUUUCAUUUUUUGUUUUCUUUAGAAGCUGUACGUAGAAGUGGCAGCUGGUUGCAACAGCUUUGUGCUCUUUUAAUGUAUUUUAAGUCCUUAGUUUUCUUUGAUGUUUCCCUCUUGUUUGCAUGUUUUUUUACCUUAUUUUUAGUAAACUUUUCUGUAUUCGCACUACAACCACAUCAUUUCCUUAUUCUGGGAUGAAUAAAGUAUCCUAGCCACUCAUACUCUAACAUAAUAUCAGGCAGAAAAUUGCAUUAAUCAUAUAUUUACGCAAUUUAUUCUGACCAUACAUGCUCCUAUACCUUAGCAGCGGAUGGUCACAUGACACACUGCACCAUUUUCUAUAUCAGUUUUAGGUCAAUGCAAACGGCAGUUUAACGAUGUGCCCGCUGGCAAAUUUCACUUCAAAAUACACCAAGACGGGACUUUAGAUAAAACUUGUUAUCAUGUUGUGUGCAAAUAAAUGAUGUGCAUUCGAGUGAAGCAUUCAAAAGUGUGCCUGUGUGUCAUUCUUGACAAUAAAAUUACA